UUCGUCUUUUUUGCGUUUUCUAUUUGUAAUAGACGAAAUAUUACGUUGUUUCAUCAAAUUCAAAUCGAUGCUGCGAUGGAAGAAGAAAUAAAGAAGAGAAAUGCAGUUUCCUUUGGGUUUACAAAGAGACUCGAAUCAAAAAAAUUGGAAAAAUCUGUCGUUGGUGAGACAAGUAAUAUUCUGAAUGAAGAUUCUGAACAAACUGAUUUUGUGACGUCUUUGGAAGGAAAGAAAAUAAACAGUACUAUACCAAAACAAGAAGUUAAAAAAGAAUUUAUUAUUCCUUUGAUAAACGAAAACAGAUGGAGGUAUGAACAAAAUGGGGAAAAGGGUACUGAUCUGCAAAGUAAAGCUGUUCAAGAAAUUUUAGAGACUGCUGCUCAGCAGAAUCAGGAAUGGGAAGAUCGCGAUAAGCCGGAUCCAAAUUUAACUGUUCCACUAUUGAUGCGAAACAAAGUACCGAAUGGUUUUGAAAUGGAUGACAACUUAAAUGUAUCCUUGCGUCCAGACGAACCCAUGGAGGUCAAUUAUGAAUCAAUACCAAUUGAGCAGUUUGGGUUUGCAAUGUUGCGAGGAAUGGGAUGGAAAGAAGGAGAAGGUCUUGGCAAGGACAAAAGUGUUAUUGAUCCUGUGAAUGCAGUACUGAGACCAAAAGGUUUGGGAUUGGGAGCUGACAAAAGACAGCAUGCAAAAAAUGAAAUAAAAGGAUGUGAUGAGAAUAACGAGGAAUCUUUAACAUAUAAGAAGGGAGCAUUUUGUGUACUUACCAAAGGGCCUCAAAAAGACUUUUAUGGUAUUAUAGAAGGAAUUGAUGAGGAUAAUGCCAGGGUGAUGGUAAAACUUGCGUUAAGUGGGCACACUGCAACACUUUCUCAGUAUGGUAUUCAACUAGUUGGACAAAAGGAAUAUGAGAAAUAUUCAAAGUAUUUGAAUAAAUCAAAAGUAGAAAAAUAUAAACAGGAGAAUGAAUGUAAACUUAAAUCCACUUCAAGUCACAGAAGUAAGAAUUAUAAUGACAGUGAUGACAUUGAGAAUGUGAAUGGAAAUUCAGAUGACGAAGCUCGUACCAGAAAGAGAAAAUCGAAUCAUGACGAAAGAAAUUCUCAUGGUCAUUCUUCAAAACAUGACAAACACAGAUCUAAGCAUUCAAAGAAGUCCAAAAAAUACCAUCAUGAUGAUCAUCAUGAAAGUGACAGUUCCAGACCUUCAAGAUAUGGAACAGAAUCUGAUUCGGAGAAAAGAAGAAAACACAGAAGGGACCAAAAGUAUACCACAUCUUCUGAUGAACAUGAUUCAAGAAAUAGCAAACAGUUAAAAAAAGAAAGGAGUCAGAAACAUAGUUCUGAAAUCAGAGGUAAUGAAUUUGGAACAUCAUCGCCUUCAAGUAAAGAUGACAAAUGUCAAGCCAUCAGUGCCCAACAAGAGCUGGUUAGUGCCAGAAAUAAAAUUUGGAUGUGCCCAAAUAUGAAAGUUCGAAUCGUAGACAAACAUUUUAAAAAUGGUAAAUAUUUUAAAUCGAAAGUUGUGAUCAUUGAUGUUAUAAGCAAAAACAAUUGUAUCUGUAAAACUGAAGGUGGACAGAUACUGGAAAAUCUAUCUCAGGACCACCUGGAAACUGUUAUUCCAAGAGAGACUGGUGACCAAAGAGCGAUUGUCAUGUUGACUGCCACAUCACAGAAAGGAAGAAUAGGCGAGAUCAUCAGUCGGAACAAGACCAAAAGUCAACUUGUUGUUAGAUUACUUUGCUCUGGAUAUGAAGAUGAAAAUAUUGUAACGCUAGAUAGUUACGACCAUGCUUGCGAGUUUGUUGGAUUGCUGGAAGAUGAACUUCAUUAAAUGAUGCAAUUUGAAACACCCUGACAACAUUAAUGUAUAUAAAUUAGGCAGCUAUUUGUGUACAUGUUCUUGUGUACUGAUAAUAACAAUUUCCAUAUAUGUAUUGUUGGUACCUUUAAUACAUUUAACAUAUGUUUACUAUUAUCUGGUACCCAAUAUCAAUUAGCAUGUAUACUUCUCAAAUUCAAAAACAUUGUAAAAUUAGAAUGGUCACAUAAAGAAGUCAUAAGCAGGU